UGCUUCUCUUCUCCAUUUUUCAGGUUAGUGCAGAAAGUCAUGGAUAUAGCUCUCUUCUCUCCCUCCUCACUCUUUGCAGGCGACGAUGAUAGCACUCCUGAAGAGGAAACGGUAGGGACGCGUCAGAGCUACGAGGAGAGGAGCCAUGAAUUUCCUGGAAUGGAAUUACUCAUCAGGGAAUUUUCAUUUCAUCAACUAAAUGCAAACUUACUUUGGCCUGGAACAUUUGCAUUUGCAGAAUGGUUACUUCAGCAUUGUUCUUGGUUAAAAGGACGACGAAUCAUUGAGCUGGGAAGUAGUGGGACUGGAGCUUUGGCCAUUUUUCUGGGAAAAUCAUUUGGAGUUGACAUCACAACUUCAGACUUUGAUGAUGAGGAAGUUGAAGAGAAUAUAGCUCAUAACUGCAGUGUCAAUGGAAUAACACCUGUUUUACCACACAUCAGACAUACUUGGGGAGAUACUUUUCCAAAGGCUGAGCCAGACUGGGACCUGGUUAUUGCUAGUGACAUAUUACUAUAUGUGAAACAGUACCCGAACUUGAUAAAGUCACUGUCAUUCCUCCUUAAAUCAUACAAGCCAAAGGAUGAGAAAGCAGGGAUAGACUUGGCACUGCCACAACCAGCUUUCCUAAUGAGUUGGAAGCGUAGGAUCGGAAAAGAAGAUGAGGAACUGUUCUUCACUGGGUGUGAGAAUGCUGGUCUUGCUGCAGAGCAUGUUGGGUCGCGUGUGUACUGCAUUAGCCCUAGAAAGACAAGUCAGGUGGAUCAAUAGAACAAUGGAAUCAGAUGCUCAAAUGGGAAAGGGUGCUUGCAUUCAUAUGAAACUGGAAUUUUGUUUGGUUUAGGGAAUCAGAUUCAUUAUGGAAAGUCUUGAUGGCAAAGAUCAUUAAUAAUACUAGUUGCCAGGAAGGGUGCUUUAUUCUGUAGCUGGUAACAGCCAUGAAAAA